AAUUUUCCUCCCUCCUCCCCUCUCCCCUCCUCCUCUCCCCUUCCUUCCCUUUGCCCCCUUGGCCUCGGCCUCCGGGAUCCGGGCAGUGCAUGGGGCCCCGGGCCGGGCUGCAGGCGUCCGGCAGCCGCCGCACAUGCUAGAGGCACGGGCCGAGCCAAGUGUCCCACUGCCGGGUGCGCUCCCCUGCCAUCCCACCCCGUCGCUAGCUCCUCGCGUGGGUGCCCGGACCUGGGGCUUCUGGGCAGCGGGUGUCCCCCGCGCUCCAGGCGAGCCUCGGCGGCGGCGGCGACUCCCGGAGGGUCGGGGGAGCUACGUGGAAGCGGACCUGCUGGCAGCAAACAUGGACACCUUCAGCACCAAGAACCUUGCCUUACAGGCUCAGAAGAAACUCCUGAGCAAGAUGGCCUCCAAGACUAUGGCCAGUGUGUUCAUCGAUGACACAAGCGGUGAGGUCCUGGAUGAGCUCUACAGGGCGACAAAGGAAUUCACCCGGAACCGCAAGGAGGCUCAAAAGAUCAUUAAGGACCUCAUCAAGAUCGUCAUGAAGCUGGCUAUCCUCUACCGCAAUGGGCAGUUCAGCCCAGAAGAGCUGGCGCUGAUGGAACGCUUUCGAAAGAAGGUCCACCACCUGGCCAUGACAGCGGUCAGCUUCUACCAGAUAGACUUCACAUUUGACCGUCGGGUCAUGGCCACAACCCUUCACGAGUGUCGAGACCUGCUGCACCAGGCUGUCAACACACACCUGACAAGCAAGUCCCAUUCUCGUAUCAAUCACGUCUUUAACCACUUCGCAGACUUUGAAUUCCUGGCGGCUCUAUACGGACCCUCUGAGCCCUACCGCUCACACUUGCGACGGAUCUGUGAUGGCAUCAAUAAGAUGCUGGAUGAAGACAGCAUAUGACCUCAGAAACUAUAUGAAACACAGGGGCAACUAUCCUGCUCUUGGCCUUGGAGGUGGGGGAGACGCGCUCCUCAUUCCUAUUUCUUUUCUCCCAAUCUGAAUCUAGCCCAACUGACCCGAUCUUCUCCCAUUCUUUAUGGAAUAACAGGGGAUUUGCAACCCACAGAAUUGUUUUACUAGCAGAUUUCACAGGCAUCGCCUCCACCUGUGUAGGAAGUACUCUCGGGGAAUGGAGGAGCCCAAGGGGGAGCUUUUUGCUUCAAAGAGCAGUGCAUUUACAUGGUGCGGGAGAGUUGGCCACACACUGCAGUGAACGUCCCAGCCUCUGACUUGGUCUGAGCUCUCAUUCCUUUGUGUAGCUCAGGAACUGCCUUGUGGUCUUAUGAGAUCCAGCUGCACACACACCUCUGAAAGCCCAGUGUAUGCAGUCCAAGAGCUGGCUAGGGAAAAACCUACCGCAUAGGAGCAGGCCUCCUUCCCACUCACAAUGUUAACAGGACUUUGGGGUUGUUCCAUGCAAAGCUAGUUAGGACUGAGACAUUUAUUCAGCAGACUAAGGGAAAGGCCUGGGAGUGACAGUACAUGCAGGUUUAGAUGCCAUCUCUAUUUGCAACGCCUGCAAGAAAGUUCAGAAAGGUUGGUUUUGUUUCUUUUCUUUUUCUUUUUUUUUCUUUUAGGACUUACAGCUUUGUAAGAACCAGAUCAGUUUAGGAUAUAUUCUUAGGCUAAAGAAACAGCUUGCCGAGGGAAGACACAUACUACUGUUGAGGAGAGACUGAUGGAUCAUCUUACAUGGCCCUUUUUGAACUCAAAGACGUACAGUUUUGUCCUGUGGUAUUUUUUCCACUGUGGCUAGGACUCCCUUUUCACAUGUGGGCAAAAAGCCAUGACCACCCCCAUCCUCAUCCAUGAGAUGCAAAUGAAUCUUCUGUACUGUAGAUCCUCAUUUCCAGUGAGAUCAGAGAUGCAGCUUCAGACCAAAUGACAAAUGGGCACUUUGUUUAUCCUAAGAGGAACCAAGUGGUUCCCAAAUGACAUUCUGUCCUCAGUUCCUCCAACUGACUCUAUCAAUAUAAUUGUGUUUGUUCCUUGGUCACUAUCCAAUCUGUCCUUAGUAUUUCAUGGGUUUGGGAUUAAAAAAAAAUUUUUUUUAAAGACAACUGACACUACUGAGCUAUUUAAAUAAAAUCACAUAUCUUCUACUU